AUGGGGAGCAGUGUUCCUCAGCAGGGCUGUCACAGCUCUGCCCUGGCCGUGCUGAAGAACUGGCAGCUGCUGAGCUUCGGCAUCCUCCUCCUCACCCUGGUCUGUGGCACCAUCGUGACGAUGAAGUGGAGACGGCUGAGAAGGUUCUGCGCAAGGAGGGGAUCGCGGGCGGAUGGAUUGUUAGCGCACACGUCAGCAGCCGCUCACGCGAGCCCGGCGCUGGGGAUACCGUUCGUGCCUCGGGUAUUGCUGCUGCGGCCCCCGCUGCCUCUGGCGCUGACCAGGUUCCAGCUCUCCGAGGAGUAUGGCUUCCUUCUUCCCCAUCCUCUGAGCCCGGCGCCCUAUGCUCCCUGGAUGGAGAUUGCCCACGACCUCCCUCAGCUCAUCGCGAGCCAUCGGCUCCGCUCUCGAGUUCACCAGAUGCCGCAGCUGAGCGCCCGGCACCUCCGAGGGCACGAGGAGCUGCACUUGGCCCACCUGGUGCUCAGCUUCGUCACGAUGGGCUACCUCUGGCAGGAGGGCGAGGAGGGCACCGUGAAGGUCCUGCCCCGAAAUCUCGCCGUCCCCUUCUGGGAGGUCUCGCAGGCCCUUGGCCUCCCACCUAUCCUCAGCCAUGCGGACUUCGUGUUGGCCAACUGGAGGAGGAAGAACACCAGUGGGCCUCUGGAAAUGGAGAACCUGGACACCAUCAUCUCGCUGCCCGGGGGAGAGAGCCUGCGAGGCUUCAUCCUCGUCACCCUCCUGGUUGAGAAGGCAGCUGUGCCUGGGAUUAAGGCAAUCGUUCAGGCCAUCCGUGCCGUCUUGCAGCUGGACGAGGAGGCCCUGCACAACGCCCUGCAGGAGCUGGCAGAGGCCAUCGGGGACAUGAGCAAGGCUUUGAAACGGAUGCACGACUACGUGGAUCCAGCAGUAUUUUAUGGUGUGAUCCGGAUCUUCCUCUCUGGCUGGAAAGACAACCCGGCCAUGCCGGAGGGGCUGAUAUACGAAGGAGUGUCUGACGAGCCCAUGGCGUACUCCGGAGGGAGCGCGGCACAGAGCACCGUCCUUCACGCUUUUGACGAGCUCCUGGGGAUGCAGCACAGCCAGGAGAGCACUGCCUUCCUGCGCAGGAUGAGGGACUACAUGCCCCCGCCCCACAGAGCCUUCGUGGAGGAGAUCCGCCGUGCCCCCUCCCUGAAGCAGCACGUGCUCUCCUCCGGAGACGCGCGGCUCCGCGCAGCUUUCAACCAGUGCGUCUCCGCGCUGGCAGACUUCAGGUCCUUUUUUUUUUGCUGA